AAAGAACAAUUACCUAUAAUACAAUAUUUGUUUAAAACUUUUCUAUUAUACAUACUAACAAUCAUGAAUAGAAAAAGUCCAGCACCACGCGGUGAACGUGUUGUUGAAUCAAUGCAGCAUUCAACCAAGGGAACAAUGUUAUUACGAAGUAUAUCAAUGUUUUUAGUUGGAAGUAAAGGUGCCAGUUCAAAAAGUCGUUCAAGCAGUAAACAAAGUUCGCGCGUAAUGGAUGAUCAAAGUGGUAAAGUAAAUCCAAAAAUGAUGGAUGUAUUAAGAAAGAAAACAAGAUUUUCAAAAGAUGAAAUUGAAGCGUUAUGUAAAAUUUAUAAAAAAUUGGUUUCAAAUUGUCAAUAUGCAGCAAGAGCUUUAGCAACAGCUCCGGCAACUUCUGUUAUAGCAAAACCACAUGCAACAACUGAAGGAAUUGAUAGAAUCGUUUUUCGUGAAUUAUUACACAGUACUUUUGAUAUCAUUACUGAAGAAAUAUUAAUGGAAAGAAUGUUUUGUAGUUGGGAUAAAGCUCAUGAAGGAUUACCAUUACGUUUAGAAGGAUGGCUUUGUGGUCUGUCAGUAUUUUUACGUGGUAAUAUUGCUGAUAAAACUGCAUUCUGUUUUCGUGUAUAUGAUUUAAAUUCUGAUGGUUAUAUAACAAAAGAUGAAAUGUUUACAUUAUUAAGAAAUUGUUUAAUUAAACAACCACAAGAUGAAGAUCCAGAUGAAGGUGUUAAAGAUUUAGUUGAAAUCAUAUUAAGAAAAUUUGAUUUAGAUAAAGAUGGAAGAAUAUCAUUUGAUGAUUAUUCGAAAACAGUGAAAGCUGAACCAUUAUUGAUAGAAGCUUUUGGACAAUGUUUACCAACUGAAAGUGCAACUCUUUCAUUCUUUGCUACACUACAAAUGUAGAGUGUUAAUUUUAUUCUAUUAAUCGUUUAUGUUUAAUGUUACUAAUUAAAAUAAUUAUUUAAUGUUUAAUAAGAAAAUUUUUUAAAGUGUAUUAAUUUUUAUGUACGCGUAUGA